CCCUGGAUUAGUUAGCCUUUUACCAUGUCUUGGAAACACAGACACACCAACCCUCAUCUUUAACAUUCUUCAAUUCAAAACCUUCAAUUUCGAGGUAUCCAGAGUAGUUUAUUGCUUUAAAAAGAUCAUGCUUUUGAAGAUGGGGAUGGGUGAAGCUUUUGCCAUGUCCAAGAUAAGGAGGGAAGAUUUGGUGAAACGGGUAGUGAUCAUGGCUGUGAUGGCUAUGUUUGUUGUUGAUGCAGCUGAUACAAAAGAUGUCUAUAGUCCAUGCCUCGAUGCUAAAGUUCAGAAAGGAGAUGGUUUUACAUUUGGUAUUGCAUUUUCGGAUAGGCUAGUUUUCUCCCCGGAUAAUGGCCCACAGCUUUCACCUUGUGACAAACGCCUAGAGCUCACAAAUAAAGGAGCACAGGUUGCUGCUUUUAGGCCUAAGGUUGAUGAAAUCUCCCUACUUACCAUUAACAGAAGCACAUUAGACCCGGGAAGAAAUGGACACAUGGUUGCAUUUGCUGGGAAGAAAUAUGCAGCAAGGUCUCUGCCUAUUAUGUUUGCUGACCACAGUCACACAAUUACUAGUUUCACUUUGGUUCUUGAAUUUCAAGAGGGUACCCUUCAAAACUUGUAUUGGAAGAGUUUCGGUUGUGAUGCAUGUCCUAAGGGAAGUAGUUGCCUGAAUCAACAAGACUGUGCAGUGCCUAACACAGAGUGUCAAAAAGAUGGAGAGGAUAUCUGCAAUAUAGGCAUACAGUUGACAUUCUCAGGGACUGACAGGAAUCUGGAUGCUUUAAAUUCUUGGUAUGAAGUGAAAAAUCUACGCCAGUACUCCCUCUAUGGUCUAUUCUCUGAUCUUCGUGACUCCAUCAUUGGCCCAUAUGAAAAGUUAUUUUAAGUUUACAUAUUUCCAGCUUAUAUGUAAAGGAGGAUAUACCCAUUUAACUGUUCUUUGUGAGUUUAAAUUGCUUUGUCUUCACCCUUCACAUCCAUAAUCAAUCCCCACAACAUCCCACACUGGUAUAUCUUCAGAAAAUAUAUUGGGAUGUCAAAACAGAUGUACAAAAUUUUUGGGUUUCAAAUAUAUAAAAUAUACUAAAAUUAAGAGAAUCGUUAUAAGUGCAAAAAAAUAUUGUGGGGGUGUGGGGGGAUUUUCCACUUAACAUGUAAUUAUGUUGAUCCUAAUCUCAGGAAAUCAGUUUAUGCAAAAUCAAAUAGGUAAGUUUAAUUGAGCAGAUUGCAGACUCCAGUAGACAUAAAAAAAUGAAGCUCAUCAUUCAACAAGCCCCUAAUAAAAAGGCUAUGAGAUUCAAAGUUUGUAACAUAUCAAACUAGGAGGCAGUAAGAUAUAACUGAGUCACUUUGGUAUCCCUUUAAAACCAGGAUGAAAAAUAUAAAAUGUGUUUCCUGUACAUUUUUUCUUGCAAGGCUCAUAAUAGAAUAUUGCAGCCCAUUUUUUUGAGUACACCAAACUGACCAACAAAUAACAGCUCUUUUAUAU